AUGCACGGAGGCUUCAGCGAUACACUACGGGACCACACUCCAAGUAUGCCAGACCCAGUCAUGCCGGCACAAGCCACAAGCAAAAUCAAGCUACCGAAGAACGCCAGCAGGAUUAUUUACGUGAAGGGACUGCCAGCUAAAGUGAGCAACGACGACCUCUACGACAUCUUUGGCAAAUACGGAUCCAUACGGCAAAUUCGAGUGGGUGUUGCCCCGAAUACCAAGGGAACAGGCUACGUCGUUUACGACGACAUCUGCGAUGCGAAGAAUGCCGUCGACCAUCUCAACGGAUUCAACGUCGCCGGCAGAUACAUUGCCGUGUCCUACUUCACAGCACCUAGACCAGAUCGCGAAGAAAAGAAGCUGUUAGAAGAAGAACUACGGAUUAUCAGAGAAAAGAGCGGAUUCAUCUAG